AUGAACAUAACAGCCUUGCCACUUUCGCUCAUGGAACGACAUAUAGCAAAAGAACAGCAUCCAAAGAAGCACCAACUCGAACUGAGAGCUCCGGUACUCCUUCAUAAUUUUAUUGUCGACAACGAACUGGACCACAUUUCCGUGCAUAAGUCGAUUUCCAACGUUGGCAGUUUUCGCGGCCUUCCAAUCAUGUCACGCCAAAAGAGCGUCUACAUUGACAGCAAUGGAGAAGCCCUCUCAGUCCUACCCUACAACGAUGAUAGUCGUAGAAUUCAUUCACCACCUAACAGAUAUGGUUAA